CAUGGUUCAACUACUCUCGGCGCCCUUCCACACCGACAACCACAGUGCAAAUUUCCCGCUUAUCACUACGCUAAUGCAUGAACUGAGCAAGAGGCCAUCGAAUUAUGUGCACGACAUAUUUGAUGAGCUAUUUGACACUUUGGUCGCUUAUCAAUCCCCGCUGAGUGUGGCGCAACAUUUGGGAAGUUUCAACGCGAGCCUAACCCAAUUGACCAUGGCCAAUGUGCAAUUUCUGAAUCGUACCGAAGUCCAGUUCAAUUCGAGUGCGCACAAAACUGUGCAGGAUAAUCUUCGCAAGCUGAUGAAACAUCCAACAUAUGAAAUGGAAGUGGAGCAGUCGCUGCGUGAACAGGCGUACGUCCAAUUGCCUUCUAGUGAUCGUGUGCUCAACACCGCCGAGAAGGUUUGUCUGCGCAGUGCGAACAGCAGCAACAUUUACCUUUACAAUUGCCCCAAUUCAUCCUCGAUGUGCACUAUGGAACGAGAAUCUCAGCAGAUGUUCGUCAAGGUUCAACGUGACGUCGAAGACAGUUCAAACAUUGCAUUUCAAAACCCGAAGUCGAGCAAUCAAUAUCUAAUAAUGGCAUCCCAUAUCCAAGCAACCGACAAUGGUGUCGUCAAGAACGUGUACAGUUUAGAUGGCAUUUACUGGUGGCAUGUGAUGUCGGUGCAGGACGGCGUGGCAAUCUACGAUGCUGCCACAGACGGCUCGGUGAUCUGUGGCGGCGAUCCAGAGCAGUGGGAGGGCAAUGAACAUUAUGCAUACACGCGGCAUGCAGGAAACUUUGAUGCCCAUCGCAAGGAAUGCACUUGGAUCAUCGAAGACUGUAGCGAUAAAUAAUUAGUAUUGAAUAAAUGUAAAAAUAUAUGA